AUGGACAUUCAGGGCCAAUGCGCCUGGCUCCAGGACUUCCAGCAGCAGUGGCAUGCCUCGGCACAGGACCUCUCCAUGCUUUCCGAGAAACCGCGGAGUGAUAGUCUGACCGAACCAGGCUCCACGCCGGACGCAGCGUCGGGCCUUCCGUACCGGGCGCGCUGCUUCCGGCUCCUUCUGGCGCUCCACCGGCUGAUGUCCUCGAAAUCCUCUCUGGAAAUGCCUGGCCUGGAAGAGGGUGAGAGGGACGAGCUGCUCCGCUACCAGCCCGGCGUCGGUGUGCUGGUCGGCAAGAUGAACCGCGUGAAGUGCUCGGUGCCGGGCCUGAUGUUGGAGGAUGGCCGCGAGGAGCACCUCUACCUCAUGCCCUCCGGGCACACGCUCCUGCUUGCCCGACCAGACACGGUGAAGGCCCUGAAUGCCGAGCCCGUCAUUGCGGAGCCGCUGCGGCUGGUCGUCCUCCACAACGGAGGUGACGAGAACGCCAAGGCGUCGGGCAGCUUCUGGGGCAACGCAGAGGCGCCGUCUCUGCGCCUGCAGGUGUUCGCUCCGCGCUCACCUGCCUUGCGGAUGCUGGCAGGCCUGCGCGGUGCCAAGCAGCCUUCGGGCGGCUACCCUCGCGACGGCCUCGCCAGCGGGACCUUAACCGCAUCCACCGAGGAUCCCGUGGAGGUUGUGCUUGUCUUCCCUGAUGACAAGCGCAAGAACAUCGCCUGGAAGCUCCUGUCGCAGGCCCACGCGCAGCUCAUGCACCGACUCUUCAAUAGCGUUCUGAGCUUCCUGAGCGCCGUCCGGACAAAGAGCCCCUAG